UACUUCAGAAAAACAAAACUUUUAGAUACUAUUGCAAUCAUAUACUCGUAGUUAAUUAAUCCAAACAAACCUGACGACAGCCCAAAAGUCAAAAUGAUUCACUCACAUCCACCCAAAUCGAUCAUCAUUUUGUCACAGUAAAACAAAUAAACAGUCAUUUCAGUGAAAAUGGCUUUAUUGGGGGACGAUGGCCGAGGUUACGAACUGGCCCGGAAACUGGAAUCACAAGGCAUAUGGAGGUCAUGGCUUUCCGAUGAUUCACUCUACGCAAUGUUUGUUCCAUUUUUAUCAUCACCAUCUUCAUGGGAAUCUUUUAUGAGAACUGAUGCCACCAAAUCAAAGGCCCAAAUUCAACUUCAAAUCCGUGCACGCGCUCUUUUGUUUGAUAAAGCCUGCGUUUCGCUUUUCCCUCAGUCCAAUAGAUCUUCGUCUUCUUCCAAUUCCAAGCUCAAUCCUAAUUAUUUGCAGUUGCAUGGGGAUGAUAUUUAUUAUACUCUAGAGAAACCUAAUCAAAAUGUUGCAUCAUCUUUGAAGGCUCAAUCAAAAGCAAGUUUUGGUGUUGGAUCUAGAUAUUGUGCACUUGAAGAUGAUAGUAUGUCUCAGAGAAUCCCAGAAUCAUGGUAUAGUCAAUUCUUUGAGAAAUAUAGAGCCAUGAAACCAUAUAGGUUACCAUCAGGGGACCGAGAAUCUGAGAAACGUACACCCGAGCAGAUGUCUAAUUAUAUUAGAGUUGUUGAAAAGCAUAAGAGAAGUCGUGCAGUUUUUAUGGAAGAGCAAAAUAUGGCUUCGAACAACCCCAUGUUUGAUAAUGGUUUCAAUAGAGUAUCUUCUAAUUUAGACGAUGAUGAAACUUUAUUUUUUCCAGAGACAAUGUUUUCAGCAAAUUCUGUUCCUGAUAGUGCUUUACCUCCUUCAUAUCAAAUAGAGAAUAUGCAGAUUGGGAAAUCCAAUGGAGUUCUUGAUAACUUGCCCCCAAUAAUGACCAAAAGCCCCAUUAUGUUAGAAAGACUUGGUAUAAGGCCCGAGUACCUUAAUAUGGAACAGCAAGGUAAUCAUGAUCGUCCGAAAAGAGGACUCCUUGGCAUGAAGAACAAUUUAAGUCCAGAACAAGCAGUUGAGAUGUCACGGAAAGUGGUUUCUCGUUUACUGAUGGAUGUUGGUUUUGAUAGUUCAAUUGAUGGUCCAUUGGAUAUAUUUGGUCAGUUAUUUGGCUGUCAUAUAUCUAAAUUAGGCCGUAUCUUGAAAGUUCUAUCUGAUAAUUACAAGAAAGAGCAUUCACCAAUUGAACUACUUAAGAUGUUUCUCCAAACAAUUGGACAUGGUAAUCUUGCGGGUUUCGCUGAGGUUGUUAAAGAUGGCACCAAAAUCCAUGUACAGCCAACACAACUGCAACAAGUUCAGGCCAUCCAGUCACAAUUGCAAUUGCAAAAUCAAGCUGUUGUUCUGCAACCUCAUCAGUUUCAAAGGCAAAUGCACAACCCAAUGGUUCACCCUCUUCAGCAGCAGCAGCAGCAGCAACAACAGAUGAUUAGCCCCUUACAGCAGCAGCAGCAGUGGGACAGAAUGAGGAGGCGCCAACCUGCCACACCUCGUGCUGUUAUGAAUAUGAGCAGUAGCAUGAAUGUUGAUAAUGAGAGUCAAAGUCAAAGAUCAAUGGUUGAAGUCAAACUUGAAAACCCACCUGAGUUUCCUAUGGACAACAAUGCUGCAUUUUCAACUAUGAAUUAUCGAAAUCCUCAGAUGCAGUUCCGCCAGCAGCAAUUUGCUGCAAUCUCAGCUUACCAAGCUCAAUCCAACAAUCAGUUUAGACCAAUGGCUUCAGUUCAAAUCCCCCAACUCCAGCCACAAGCCCAUUCACCGAACAUGGGAUUGGUUAGAGCUCCACCAGUGAAGGUCGAAGGCUUUCAGGAAUUGAUGGGCGGGGAUUCUUCGAUGAAGCUUGAUUCAGAUGAAACUAAACUGACUUCCCCAAAGUAAAGCAAUUGAAUUUACAUAGGUAAAAUGUGAUAACUUGAUCCCUCCCACCAAAAAAAAAGUUACUAUUUGACUUUUGAGAGUUAAACAAAUUGCUUUUCAACUUCUAAAUAGACCUUACCUUUAAGUUUACAGGAAACUUAAAAUCGUAACCAAGUGUUUGUGUUAAAAAUGUACAAAUAAAUCACCCUUUUUUUAUUCUUCUAUUAUCAGGACGUAUAUUUAGUUGGUAGAUCUUUUUAAACUUUUUCGA